CAUGGCUGAGGAGUUGAUGGUAGUGCUACGGAGGAGUGAUUCUUGUGGUUUAGGUUUUUCACUUUUAGGCACAGCUGGAUUACCACCUAUAAUUUAUGACAUCAUUGAAAACUCCCCCGCUGCAGAGAGUGGUGAGGUUGAGGCGGGAGACGUCAUCGUCAAGGUCAAUGAGACGGACGUUGACAGGUUCAGCACCAAAGAGGUGCUCAAGUGCCUGCGGCUGUCGGCGGACCCGGUGCGGCUGCGCCUGAAGCGCGACCCCGUGAUCAAGGCGCGCGUGCGCAGCUUCCUGGCGGGCCGCGAGGAGCCCGCGCGGCCGCGGCCGCCCCCCGCCGCCCCCGGCGCCGCCUCCCCGGCGCCCGCCGUCCCGGCCGCCGGCGACGCCGCCUCCCCCACCGGCGCCGCCCAGCAGCGCCCGCCGCAGCCGCGCUGCGAGGCCUUCAUGAUGACGGGCGACGUCAUCCUCAACCUGUCGCGCACGCAGCACAGCUGCGCUGCUGCCGCCGUGCUGCCCCGCAACUCGCACAAAAAGGUGGACAGCUUACGGCAGCACUCGUACCCAGCAACGUCUGCAGCGGACGCAGCGUUUCACCAGUACCACCACCACAACUCCGUGCCGACGAGCCCCAGCGAAGCGGAGCUGGGCGGCCGACAUGCGCUCAGCAACUCUGCGGGGGCGUCGCCUGUGGGGCGGCGCGACGAGGCGGCGCCCCCUGCAGCAGCAGCAACUGCCUACAGCGCUGUGCGCACCUCGCGCUCGGAAGAUCACCUGCAGCUCGCUAAGGACCCAUCCCUCAGUGCCGUCGACAUAGACAUCGAUGAGGAUGUGACAUCCUCGCUGAACACAUUGUUGGAUCCACAUGCAGACAGCGGUGGAACACCCACUUCAGGUGGUGCAGGUAUGGCUUCAGGAGCAAGAGCUUUGUCCCCAUCUGGUACGGCUGCUGCUGCUGCCGAGCGCAUAGUAUGGACAUACAAUGCGCGGAGUGACAGCAGCUCUGGCGAGGUCAGCCCCAACUCCCCGACCUCUGUCAGCUCGUCCGUCAUGUCGAGCAAUUCCAGCAACACAGCACCUACACCUGCAUCUUCAUUGCCACCUGGUGGCGGGGGGCACGGUCCACCCCUUAACGGUGACCUCUCGCAGUCUGAAGCAGUUUCCAACAUCUCUAGCCCCGACUUCCAGGAGGAGGAGACGUUAGACAUACUGAGCGCGCGGGACCUAAUGGAGGUCAGCGAUCCGAGCGACAGCGAUUCGACGUUGCUUGCCAGUGAGCGCAACAGCCACGCGAUGACGGCUGCGGAAACAGCUGAACAUCGCAUUGUCAUCCAAGUGCAAGGUCCACCUCGCACGAAUGCCGUAAUGGAUGGCACGCCAGCCACUACUCCAGAGUUCUCAGGCUAUCAGGAGCUCAGAGAAUCGGAAGAUGAACUUACAACUCUGAGUGAAGAUGCCACAGCAUUAACAGCUGUUACAAACAAGGCUGUAUCACCACCACUGUCAUCGGAAGAUGAAAGUGAUAUUGAAAGCCUCCAUAGCUUUCACUACAGCCCAAAGGCAGUCGAUAUACCGUCUGCAAUUCGUCUCGCUAAGAGGUUAUACAUGUUGGAUGGAUUCAAAAAAUCGGAUGUAUCUAGACACCUCAGCAAAAACAAUGACUUCAGUCGUGUUGUUGCUGAGGAGUACCUGAAAUAUUUCAAUUUUGAGGGUGACACACUGGAUAUAGCCCUUCGCAAGUUCCUAAAGCAGUUCAGUUUGACAGGAGAGACGCAGGAGCGGGAAAGAGUCCUUGUUCAUUUUUCAAAACGCUACCUUGACUGCAACCCAGGCACAUUUAAUUCGCAAGAUGCUGUUCACACUCUGACAUGUGCCAUAAUGCUCCUCAACACGGAUCUUCACGGUCAAAAUAUUGGUCGCAAGAUGACAUGCACGGAAUUCAUUGAAAAUCUCUCAGAACUGAAUGAUGGUGACAACUUCCCAAGAGAGGUGCUCAAACAGCUAUACCAGGCAAUUAAAUCUUAUCCACUUGAAUGGGCAUUAGACGAUGAUGCCGGCAGCGAUGAAUGCAGCCUCCCAGCAAAGCAAGCUGAUGGGCAGCAUAGCCUUUCAGCUAGCAAUCCUUUCCUUGAUGUGCCUAAUGCUGCUACAGCAGUUGAGUACAAGAAAGGCUAUGUUAUGAGAAAGAGCUGUAUUGAUCCAAAUGGGAAGAAGACGCCUUUUGGGAAGCGUGGGUGGAAAAUGUUCUAUUGCACGCUACGUGAUAUGGUACUGUAUCUCCAUAAAGAUGAGCAUGGAUUUCGUAAAAGUGCUCUGAGUGAUAACUUGCACAAUGCAAUCCGUAUACAUCAUUCCUUGGCUACAAAAGCCACUGACUACACCAAGAAACAGCACGUCUUUCGAUUACAGACUGCUGACCAGGCAGAGUAUCUGUUUCAGACAAGUGAUUCGAAGGAACUGCAGUCGUGGAUAGACACCAUAAAUUUUGUGGCUGCCAGUUUCUCAGCCCAACCUUUGGCCAGUGCCGUGGGAUCUCAGCGGAAGUUCCAGAGGCCUCUCCUUCCCUGCAGUCAUACAAAACUAAGUCUGCGAGAACAACUACGUGACCACGAAGAGCGUGUGCAACGUCUGGAGUCACAGCUGGAAGAGCACCGGCGAAAUCCCCCAGACCGCUCAGCUCGGGGCCUUGUGUUGCACAAUUACCGGGAGAAGGAUGCGUACCUGCAUCACGAGUUGAAACGGUACAAGACCUACGCAUACCUUUUACGAUCUCGUAUGGCACAGUUCCCCGAACUGGAAGCGACGCUGGCAGAGGCAACAGCAACUGCUGCUGGCUUCGGUGAUGUGGAUGCAGAAGAGAGUGUUCCUGUCGUGUCGCCUGCUAGGUCUCCUGCUACCAACAGGGCAUCAUUAUAGAUAACUGGAUCACCCAAAAGUCUGUGAAGCCACUAAUAGACAACAGAAGCAAUGUGGAUCUCAAUACACAUUCAAGGGGAAUGCUUGAAGUUACUUCUACUUCUAUCAGUGAUUCUCCAUCCAAGAGAACAUGCUGCAUCCUUCUUGCCAAGAAAUCUUCAGUCCAAUCACCAAUGUUAUUUGAUAACCCAUAUAACUGUACUUUUGCUAAUAAAUAUUUUUGUGAUAAUGUGUCAAAUGCUGUACUAACAUCAGGAAAUAUUGCAUCUACCUGACUGCCAUGGCUCAUGGCUUUCAGGAUGUCAGGUGAGAAAUGCAAGAGUUGGAUUUUGCAUGACUAAUGUUUUCAGAAUCCAUGCCAGAUGGCAUAAAGGAAUUCAUUAUGUUCAAGACAUCUCAUUAUAUUUGGUCUCAGAACAUGUUCUAGGAUGCCACAACAGAGGGAUAGUACUUUUGUGUAUCACUUUAGCUGUCCUCCUUGCAGACAAGUGUGACAUUUCCUGACUGGGAACAGAUUUUUGAUUGAUAGGUAUUGGUAUAUUAUUGCUGAAAUGGGGGCUAACUUGUCUGCAAAUUAUGUAUACAAUUUGACAAGGAUUCCAUUGGGCUUGGAGCCUUGUUUAAUUUUAACAAUUUCAGCAACUUUACUAUGCUACAGACAUUAAUAUCUGUAUUAUCCACCUUAACAGUGGUGUAAAAAUUAAACUGAGGCUUUACUUUUUUGUUGUACCUUGUAGAGGAAUGUUAGAAAAUGAAGUUCAGCAUCUCUAAUUUUUCUGUGCUACUUUCCUGCUUCAUCUGUGAGUGCCUGACUUCGGUGAGUUUCAGAGUGGAUGUAGAUGUAAUAGUUUCUUCCCACAUUCCUUGCAGUUAAAAAAUGCAGGUGAUUCAAAAUUCCUCAAUUACCUAUCUUGCUAACGUAUGCUGAUACAGUGGUACUUGAUCUGAGAGUAAUGUGUGCAAAUCUACUUAUGGGUGAAUUUGGACCAUUAGUAUCUUGCCAGCUAUGACCUGGGGAGUGGCAUCAUACAGUUUCUAAUCAUCCUACAAUGUAUUAAUGCUCCAUGUUAAAUCUCAAAUCUUUUUCACAUUUCCUUGCAGAGGGCACAUGGUGUUUAGCUUGGCAGUCUCCUUGGUGCUACUUCAUAGGAGUAGGCUGUGUGUUAGUAAUGGAUUUCAGCUUGUCUACUCCCUUAAUUCCAUAUUAAUGUAUUAGAAAGCAAAUGCAAUAUGGUACUGCACAAGUAAUCAUCACUGUAAGGAACACAAUAUAGGAACACUCUACACUCUAUACAAGUCAGAAGAAAACAACCAUGCCCAUUAGCAUGUUAUACAGAAUAGAAAUAUGGGAUUCCUACAUUUAAUUGUCAUAUACUUGACUGAGAAUGGGACUGAUCUUUGAAAUAAUCUUAGAGAUGAAAUACUGAUACUGUUUAAAAGUUACAAUUCAAGCUGAUGUGUUGAUAGUCCCAAGAUAAAUAUAAUAAAUCAUUUUCAGGCUAUAUGUGUUUAAACUGUGGUACUAAUUCUGCAUUAUAAUUCCACUACUGAGUACAUCUACUAUGUCAUGACUUACCUCAUCUAAAUUGAAGCUACCUUAAAUAAUAAAAAUAGAAUAAUCAAUAAUGAGAGCGACGGGCGAUGUGUACACACCUCAGAGCCAAUAUCAGUUAAAUUAAAUAAAUUAAAUUACUA